AUGGCAGAAACCGACCACUAUCCUUUGCGAUCAUCCACCGUCCUGUCCGAAAAGGGUCCAUCUUCCUACAUCACCCCCUCCUCACCAAAGAAAAGACCCGUCCGAGCACCCAGUACGAGAACAAGUAACGGCACAGUCAGCACAAACAUGAGUUAUGGCAGUGCGGGACGACUGUCAGAAGCCACGAAUAUCACCCAACCACCUGCGCACUCCAAGAAGUUCGUUGUGGUCGGAGAUGGAGGUUGUGGAAAGACCUGUCUCCUCAUCAGCUAUGCACAGGGCUAUUUUCCGGAGAAAUACGUGCCGACCGUGUUUGAAAAUUACAUCACGCAGACCAUCCACAAACCCACAGGCAAGACCGUCGAGCUCGCACUCUGGGAUACAGCGGGACAAGAAGAGUACGACCGACUACGACCACUGUCGUACCCGGAAACAGACCUGCUGUUUGUGUGCUUUGCUAUUGACUGCCCCAACUCACUAGAAAAUGUCAUGGACAAGUGGUAUCCUGAAGUUCUACAUUUCUGCCCAACAACGCCCCUGAUCCUCGUGGGUCUCAAAUCAGACCUCCGUAACAAACGAACCUGCAUCGAACUCCUGCGGACUCAAGGCCUCACCCCUGUAACACCAGAACAAGGAGCCGCAGUAGCUCAACGAAUGGGGGCUAGGUAUAUUGAGUGCAGCGCCAAGGAGAACAAGGGCAUCCAAGAGGUAUUCGACUUGGCCAUCAACACUGCCAUCCAGGUUGAAGAGGAGAGCUUUGAAGCGAAGCCAAACAACAAAGGGGUAAAGGUCAAGAAGGCGAAGAAGAGGAAAUGUGCAUUCCUAUGA